AUAAAAAUCACUGAAAUCGAGCUGCACCGUUUGCACGAAUAAAAGGUUGCUCGGAGCAAUCCUAUAUCAGAUUGUAGGGAUAACGAACUACCGCGACAGACUGAGGAAGGCAACUUUAUGCUGAAAAAAGAUAGAGCAUGAAGAAAAAGAAUCCGAGCCACAAUUAAGGUAUUGAAUAUAAAAACCGUUUACAGAAGAAGUCACCGCCAGUUGUAAUCACGAAAUAAUUGCGUGCUAAAAAACACUACCUAACUGUUAGCUAUUUUCUUUCGUGUGAUUAUAAGAAGACAAUUCAGUAUUAUGAAAUAUUUCAUAUUCAGGACUUAGGGAAGAUAUAAAAAACACGCAGAUGCAUUAAAUGCUAAAAAAUUAAAUGCUUCUGGCUCUCGCUCAACAAUGGCAGAUCGUGCUUCAGGAAGAAAUGAAGAGGUACUUCGCAGUAUCGAUUUGGGCCGUGAUCACGUGAAUUUAGGUGAUUAUAGCAAGGCCAUUGAUUCUUUCAGAAAAUCUUUAGAGAUAGCAAAGGCGGUCGGUGACCAAACAGGUUUGGCAGAAACCAAUUUCUAUAUGGGUGAUGUUUACCAAAAAUUAGAAGACUAUGAAAAUGCCGUCAGCUCUUUGAAAGACAGCUUAGAUAUUAGCACGACUAUAGGCAAUCAAUUAUUAAUGGCAGAAAGCAAUAGCGCUUUAGGUAGUAUUUAUGGCCGUUUAGGCCAAAUCUAUUUUGGUUCCAGUGAAUAUAAAAAGGCAUUUGUUUAUUUUAAACAAGCAUUAAACAUAUAUAACGCUCUUGAUGAUAAAAAUGGAAUUAAAGAUAUCAGUAUCAAUUUGGGCCGUGUUCACUUAAAUUUAGAUGAAUAUUGCAAGGCCAUUGACUGUUACGGAAAAUCUUUAGAGAUGGCAAAGGCGGUCGGUGACCAAGAUGGUAUAAAAAGAGCCAAUUGUCAUUUGAAUUGUGUUUACCAAAGAUUAGGAGAGCAUGAAAAGGCCAUGGGCUAUUUGGAAGACAGCUUUAAAAUCGGCACGACCAUUGAUGAUAAGUCAGUAAUGGCACAAAUCAACUUCAGUUUAGGUAAUAUUUUUAGUUCUUUCGAAAAAAAGUAUGAAACUGCAAUUGAUUAUUAUGAGAAAGCAUUAGAAUUUUACACAGCAGAAGGCGAUCAAAGUUCAGUAGUCAGGAUCAAUAACAGCUUGGGAUCUUGUUACAUUUCACUGGGAAAUUUUGAUGAGGCUUUCAUUUGUCACAAUAAGAGUUUAGAAUUAGCCAAUCAGACUGGAACUCCAUCAGCGAUAGCACAAGCGAAUAGACACAUCGGUGUUUUAUAUAGACUGUUAGGUGAUCAUGAAAAAGCCAUUGAACAUGGUAAAAAAAGUUUAGAAAUAAGCACUGAUAUUGGCGAGUCGCUUCUGAUAUCAUAUAGUUGUCAUGAUCUUGCAAAUGUUCAUCGGGGUUUAGGAAAAUAUAAAGUUGCAUCAUCAUAUUUAGUAAAAUCUAUUAAAAUACUUGAGGAGCUGUUCCAAAAUACGGUUCCAGAUGAAAACAAACUCUCCUUCACAGGAAUAUACUCUAGCGCCCAUAGAGAUUUAACGAGUUGUUUUGUUUCUCUGGACCGCAAAGAAUCCGGACUAUUAGUGACUGACCUGGGUAGAGCUAAAGAGCUCCAUUUUUCUAUUGAAAGAAAACAAAAUUGUUUAGAUACAGAGUUGCUCCCUUACGCACAAUCUGUAUGGAAUAAAAUCCAAAACGGGCAGGAGAAUCUAGAAAUAAAGCGAGUACAGAAGAUUCUUCGGGUAGAAAGUGAUAAAACAUCAGUGGUGUUAUUUUCUUUUGAAAGUGAAAGUUCUCUGAAUGUUUGGGUUUUGAAUAGUGAUGUAACCUUUAAGUGCCUGAUGUCAAAUGAAGCAUUGAAUACAUUGGAGUCCCUGAUGACUGGGUUUUCCACAUAUACUAGUGUCAAUGUCAAACGAGAUUCUUCAUUUUUUAAACUUGAUUCACUUGCGAAUGAACAUAGUUUUCAUAGUCACAUUAUCUCACCGCCAACCAAGCCGUGUAAAGGAAAAAAGCUUAAAACCUUGCACGCAAAAAAUCCGAGCGAUGAUCAUUUCAGUGAAGCUAUUUUAAAAAAACUUUUCGAUCUUCUCAUUCAACCAAUAAGAGAUGCCGUAAAAGGAAAUAAGCUCAUUAUUGUUCCUGACAUGCAAUUGUUCUUUAUUCCCUUUUCUUCAUUGAUUGAUGAAAAUGGGAGGUAUUUAUCUCAGAGUUACAGUAUUCAAGUAACGCCCUCAUUACACACUCUGACGUUUACGAAAGAACAACCCCAUGACUCUGACCCGGGUUUUGCGUUGUUUGUUGGUAAUCCCAAAGUUAGGAAUGCUUCUUUGCAUUGCACAGAUUUCACAUCUGCUGACCUACCAAAAGCAACUGAGGAAGUUGCAAGUCUUUCCAAGCUCUUCACAGCAAGGCCUCUCGUAAAAGCUGAAGCAAAAAAACAGGUUAUUCUCGGACUUUUAAGUGGUGCUAGUAUAAUUCAUAUUGCUGCUCAUGGUGAACCGAAGAGAGGUGAAAUAAUGCUUGCUUCUGACCUUUCCUUAAAUGAACCAUCUUCUUCUCUUCCUGAUCCAGAUUCCUAUCUCCUCACACAGAAAGAUAUUACGAGUAUUUCAUUGCGAGCUCGCUUGGUUGUCCUAUGCUGUUGUCACACAGGGCAAGGUAAGAUUUCUUCAGAAGGUGUCAUAGGUAUAGCUCGGUCUUUUCUUGCUGCUGGAGCUCGCUCUGUUCUCGCCACGCUCUGGCCCAUUUGUGAUGACGCAACAAAGGAGUUUAUGGAAGCAUUUUACAACGAACUGCUUCAGGAAACACCAGUUUGUGAAGCUUUAAGAAGGGUAAUGAACCUCUUUCAGCAACACGAAAGAGAAUAUUACCGAUCCUUUUUUAUUUGGGCUCCAUUUACUCUCUAUGGAGAGGAUGUGACGUUUAAAAAAGGCGACAUUGAAAGGAUCAGAGAGAAAUCCAGUGAAACUCUACCCGAAUGUGGUUUUGCGUUGUUUGUUGGUAAUCCAACGUCAGACUUGCCUAAAGCCACUGAGGAGGUUAAUUCUCUUUCAAAGCUUUUCAAAGCAAAGGCUCUCGUGGAAGGCGAAGCCAAAAAACAGGUUUUGCUGGGACUUUUGAGCGGGGCAAGUAUUAUCCAUAUUUCUGCACAUAUUGAACCUAAGCAAUGUGCAAUAAUGCUUUCUCCAUGUGUCUCCUCAAAUGAAGGUUCUUCCACUCAGGAUCUUUUAACGCAACAGGAUGUUAAGGGUCUUUCUUUGAACCCUGGGUUGGUUGUUUUAUGCCUAUGUGAUUCUGAGCAAGACGAAGUCUCUCCAGAAGGUGUUGAAACUUUAGCUCUGUCUUUUCUUGCAGCCGGAGCUCGCUCUGUUCUUUCCACACUAAGGCACAGUGACGAUGACGCAACAACGGAGUUUAUAAAAGAAUUUUACACUUACUGCAUGAAUCAUCAGUCAGGGAGGCGCUAG